UUGUUACUUUUCAGACUUUUUGGUCGAACAAGUUGGCUUCGGCCUCAAGUUUAUUAAUCAAUGACAAAAAAAACUCUAGUUGGUUCGUUUCCUCUAGUCCAGUAAUCGUUUAAUCUUCCAUAAUCGUUAGCGGUUAGACGAAAUGGUACGAAAAUUUUCAAUAUACCAUAUGCUAUGUGUUUUCUUUUCGAAAACUCCAUAUGCAAUGUUGGCAGCGUGAGAAAUAAUAACGUGUUAGAUAUAAAAGUAGUUGACGAAUGACAAGUUUGUGGAAGUGAACUAUUCGAUGGGACAAAAAAGUCACGGACUAUGGAACACAACAUUUUGCUUGCCUGCUAGUUCGUCAUAGUAAUUUAAUUUCGAAUUUUCUUGAAAAGUAACUUAGGAUGUAUAUAUAUGCAAGUUAGGACAAAAUCUAAUAACAAGAAAAAAAGAAAGAAAGAAAGUGGUGGGGAGAGAUGAAAGGAGUACAGAACAUUUACCACCAUUCUUACACCUUAUCGUUCUUGCUAGUCUUCCUUGUCUUGGUUCUAUUUCAUCCUGCCCUUUCGAUCUAUGUCAACACUAUGUCGUCUUCAGAGUCUCUCACAAUCUCAAGCAACAGAACACUUGUAUCUUCGGGUGGAGUCUUCGAGCUUGGUUUCUUCAAACCCUCGGGACUCUCACGUUGGUACCUAGGAAUAUGGUAUAAGAAAGUCUCCGAGAAAACCUACGCAUGGGUCGCCAACAGAGACAAUCCUCUCUCCAAUCCCAUUGGAACCCUCAAAAUCUCUGGCAACAAUCUUGUCCUGAUUGGUCAGUCUAACAACUCUGUUUGGUCGACAAAUCUUACUACAUGUAAUGUGAGAUCUCCAGUGAUAGCAGAGCUUCUUCCCAACGGUAAUUUUGUAAUGAGAUACUCCAACAACAAAGACUCAAGUGGAUUCUUGUGGCAGAGUUUCGACUUUCCGACAGAUACUUUACUUCCGGAGAUGAAACUAGGUUACGAUCGCCAAACAGGGCGCCACAGGUUCCUUACAUCAUGGAGAUCAUAUGAUGAUCCGUCAAGCGGGAAUACCAAGUACAAACUCGACAUUCGAAGGGGAUUGCCUGAGUUUAUUCUUAUAAAUCAGUUUUUGAAUCAACGUGUUGAAAUGCAAAGGAGCGGUCCGUGGAAUGGAAUGGAGUUUAGUGGCAUACCGGAGGUGCAAGGAUUAAAUUACAUGGUUUACAAUUAUACGGAGAACAGUGAGGAGAUCGCUUACUCGUUCCAUAUGACCAACCAAAGCAUCUACUCCAGAUUGACAAUCAGUGACUAUACACUCAAUCGAUUCACGUGGAUCCCGCCAUCACGGGCAUGGAGCAUGUUCUGGGGUUUACCAACGGACGUAUGCGAUUCUCUUUACUUAUGUGGGUCUUAUGCUUAUUGUGACCUAAACACGUCACCUAACUGUAACUGUAUUAGAGGGUUCGUUCCCAAGAACCGGCAGCGGUGGGACUUGAGAGACGGAUCACAGGGGUGUGUGAGGAGGACGCGGCUGAGCUAUAGUGGAGAUGGGUUUUUGCGGCUAAAGAAUAUGAAUUUGCCGGAUACUAAGACGGCUACUGUGGAUCGGACAAUUGAUGCGAAAAAAUGUGAAGAGAAGUGUCUUAGUGAUUGUAACUGUACGUCCUUUGCGAUUGCGGAUGUUCGAAAUGGCGGAUUGGGUUGUGUGUUUUGGACCGGAGAUCUCGUUGAGAUGCGGAAAUUCGCCGUCGGUGGUCAAGAUCUUUACGUCAGACUGAAUGCUGCUGAUCUAGGUGAUCGUGGGAAGGAAUUGGAUCAGCCGUGAAGAUUCAAAAUAAACGAUGGAUGGGUAGUGUAAUAGACUGAUUAGGAUCGUUUACAUUGUAAUAGCCUAUGUGGCAAACUCUCGUUGUAACGAAUCCUUUAUGAAAUAAAUAAAAAAUCAGUUUAUCC